GUCUUCUCGGAAUGUCACCCCACAGUUCUAGUAAAUUAAAAUGCGAUACUGACUAAUGUGCGUGUUAAAGAGUUGUGCGGUGUGCGUAUGUCGACUGGACAUUGAAAUCUUUGAUGAUACAAUUUUAAAGUAUUUUUGUGAAUACAAAAGGAGUUUUAUUCAAGAUUUGGGAAAUAAUGUGUAUUCGUAUUUUUCUUGGAUUUUCCGUCCUCAUUUGUAUUGCAGGUGGGCCCACACGUGCCUCCUGUCCCCUUGAACUCAACCCUCCCAGUGUGGUGGUGAAAUAUGGAGACCCAGUCUCAGUCAACUGCAGCACAUCAUGCACAGACCAUGUGGGGAUGGGCUUGGAGGCCACACAUGGAGGUACUGCUCUUCAACUGAACGCCACCAAUGUCACCUGGAUUGUGGAUAACCUUGAAGAUUGGACAAUACAACCUGUGUGCUACAUCACCACUAGUACCAACCAAGUUAAGGAAACGCUUCCAGUCAUUCUGUACAAGACACCAGACAACAUGUCCAUCUCUCUACUGAACCACUCUGGUCCGAUGGUGGAGGGGACAGAAUACCGUCUGCAGUGUGACAUCCAGAACGUCGCUCCUCUACAGAACCUGGUUGUCAAGUGGUACAAAGGGAAUGAAUCCUUAUUAAAUGUAACUUACAGUAACAGUACGAAGACACCAGUUGAUGUGUCUCCGACCCUCACCAUCACCCCCAGUAGAGAUGAUGAUGGAGCUCAGUACAGAUGUGAGGCAGAGCUGGACCUGGGACCAGAGGGACCACAACCUCCUCCCACAGUGUCUUCAGAACCUCUCGACGUCACUGUGCACUUCAUGCCAAGGAACAUUCUGGAGCUGCGGGACACAGAGGUUGACGUUGGUUCCUCGACUCAGCUGAAGUGCAAUUCCAACGGAAACCCUCCGCCUGAGUACUCCUGGACGUUCUACCGUGCCCCAAAUGUGAAAGUGGAGAACAAUGAUACGCUGAUCAUUGAAGACGCCACAGGGGCUAAUAUUGGCUACUACACAUGCUUUGCCCGGAAUACCCUGGGAAUGGUCUCUGCGAUAGCCAGGAUCUCUGUCCGAGGUGCCGAUCCAGUAUGUCCGCUUCAACUGAGUGCUGAUAGAAUGGUGAUUAAAUACGAAGAUCCAGUUUCGGUGUUGUGCAGCACUACAACCAGUGCUGAGACUUUGUACUGGACCGUAGACUCCCAAAAAAUCAAUAACAACACCUGGAGUGUUAACAGAUUGCUUAAAUGGGACAUAUCGCCUUAUUGUAAUGCAACAUUUCCAGGAAUUGGAAGUUGCAGAAAGCCUCUACACAUUACAGUAUACAAGACACCAGACAACAUGUCCAUCUCUCUACUGAACCACUCUGGUCCGAUGGUGGAGGGGACAGAAUACCGUCUGCAGUGUGACAUCCAGAACGUCGCUCCUCUACAGAACCUGGUUGUCAAGUGGUACAAAGGGAAUGAACCCUUAUUAAAUGUAACUUACAGUAACAGUACGAAGACACCAGUUGAUGUGUCUCCGACCCUCACCAUAACCCCCAGUAGUGAUGAUGAUGGAGCUCAGUACAGAUGUGAGGCAGAGCUGGACCUGGGACCAGAGGGACCACAACCUCCUCCCACAGUGUCUUCAGAACCUCUCGACGUCACUGUGCACUUCAUGCCAAGGAACAUUCUGGAGCUGCGGGACACAGAGGUUGACGUUGGUUCCUCGACUCCGCUGAAGUGCAAUUCCAACGGAAACCCUCCGCCUGAGUACUCCUGGACGUUCUACCGUGCCCCAAAUGUGAAAGUGGAGAACAAUGAUACGCUGAUCAUUGAAGACGCCACAGGGGCCAAUAUUGGCUACUACACAUGCUUUGCCCGGAAUACCCUGGGAAUGGUCUCUGCGAUAGCCAGGAUCUCUGUCCGAGGUGCCGAUCCAGUAUGUCCGCUUCAACUGAGUGCUGAUAGAAUGGUGAUUAAAUACGAAGAUCCAGUUUCGGUGUUGUGCAGCACUACAACCAGUGCUGAGACUUUGUACUGGACCAUAGACUCCCAAAAAAUCAAUGACAACACCUGGAGUGUUAACAGAUUGCUUAAAUGGGACAUAUCGCCUUAUUGUAAUGCAACAUUUCCAGGAAUUGGAAGUUGCAGAAAGCCUCUACACAUUACAGUAUACAAGACACCAGACAACAUGUCCAUCUCUCUACUGAACCACUCUGGUCCGAUGGUGGAGGGGACAGAAUACCGUCUGCAGUGUGACAUCCAGAACGUCGCUCCUCUACAGAACCUGGUUGUCAAGUGGUACAAAGGGAAUGAAUUCUUAUUAAAUGUAACUUACAGUAACAGUACGAAGACACCAGUUGAUGUGUCUCCGACCCUCAUCAUCACCCCAAGUAGAGAUGAUGAUGGAGCUCAGUACAGAUGUGAGGCAGAGCUGGUCCUGGGACCAGAGGGACCACAACCUCCUCCCACAGUGUCUUCAAAAUAUCAAAUAUAUGUGGAGAUAAGGCCACAACAUCAACCAACUCCAGGAUCUAGGAACAUUGUCCAACCUACAGCCAAGCCAAAAGGACAUAAUGAUCUUCUUGAGUUAAACCCUCCCAGUGUGGUGGUGAAAUAUGGAGAUCCAGUCUCAGUCAACUGCAGCACAUCAUGCACAGACUGCGAGGGGAUGGGCUGGGAGGUCACACAGGGAGGUACUGCAUUUCAACUGAACGCCACCAUUGUCACCUGGUUUGUGGAUAACCUUGAAGAUUGGACAAUAAAACCUAUGUGCUACAUCACCACUAGUACCAACCAAGUUACUAAAACGCUUCCAGUCAUUCUGUACAAGACACCAGAUAAAAUGUCCAUCUCUCUACUGGACCACUCUGGUCCGAUGGUGGAGGGGACAGAAUACCGUCUGCAGUGUGACAUCCAGAACGUCGCUCCUGUACAGAACCUGACGGUCAAGUGGUACAAAGGGAAUGAAUCCUUAUUAAAUGUAACUUACAGUAACAGUACGAAGACACCAGUUGAUGUGUCUCCGACCCUCACCAUCACCCCCAGAAGUGAUGAUGAUGGAGCUCAGUACAGAUGUGAGGCAGAGCUGGACCUGGGACCAGAGGGACCACAACGUCCUCCCACAGUGUCUUCAGAACCUCUCAACGUCACUGUGUACUAUAAACCACAUAUCAAUGCAUCUCAACUGCCAAAGAGGAUACCAGUGUUCCAAGGAUAUCCUGAGGAAUUAGUGUGUGAGGCAAAGGGUAAUCCGAAGCCCAGGAUCCAGUGGUUCUAUGACCCAACAAAGCUUGUCCGUGAUGCGGGAGGCAACCUCACUGUCUAUGAGGCUGGGCUUUACAACUGCACUGCCACUAACAAUGUGGAAACCAGCUUUGUUGUGGUAGAGGUCAUUUUAAAAGAGGAUUACCUGCCCCUCAUAGCGGGCUUUGUGGCCAUCAUGGUUGUGGUCAUCUCUGUUAUCUUCAUCUUCAUCUAUUCCAUCUACUACAAGAACACCAAGAUGGGUCGCUAUAGCCUUAAAGAUGCCAAGCUCAGCAGCACACCCAAUGGCAACGUAGCGCAGAAUGGAGGCCGGAACAUUCCGCUUCCGAUGACUAGACUGUCGCAGCCAAACAUCAUCUUCUAGGAGGAGGAGGUUUACUUUGUUGUCUAUGGGAUGGGCAGCUCCAUCCAUUUUGAAUGCGGAGCUCCUCUUUCACCACUGAAAGACCAAGUGAUUGGUAGCGAUCACCAUUCUUUCUGCUGGCAGACUCUGGUCCGGAUUGUGAUAUUUUUGGGAAUGUACCUUGACUCUAACCUUCCUAUGCAAUCCUUCACCUUUUAGCACUACUGUUUUGGUAUACUACAGUGCUUCUGGUUUCAUGGCUACUGAAAAACUGGAUGAGGUCUAAUCACCUCAGCUUACUAUGAGCUAUAUGAUUUUUUUUUUCUACACCAUAUGAUUGUAGCCAAAGUAUUCUCUGAAGGAAACCUUGAAGAUGCAGAAGAUGGUGAAAUCCCACUCUGGAAAAUUGCUGUAUUGUAUAAGUGUAUGAGUGGUUUGGAAAAAAAUUGAUUUGUAUUUGCAAAGCACCAGCAUGCACAUUUUGUUGUUAUUUUGAGUGUUGCUUUUUUGGAGGAGUCUGAAGUUUUUAUGAAGGAUGCUGAUUUUGCACCCGCUGCAUAAUGCAGUUGUUUGAAGAGUAGCACAUCUUUGAUAUUGUGAGAAUGUUCCAGCUGCCUGGACAAGACAUCAAACACAUAGGGAUGUGAACCUACUGUAGCCUAAAUACACACAUUUCAUAUCCUCCUUAGUUUGGGAAAAUGAAUCAUAAUCAAUAUGAAUAGCAUUCAUUCUCACAUGUCUCUUGCUUCCUUUUUUGUGGGACCGUAACUCUUUGAAAGGUCAUCUGGGAACCAUCUGUAGACCACAGUCAUAGUCUUCCGUUUGUGCAGUUAUUGUUAUUACUCUACACCACUUCUACUACUCACCCAGCAACUGCAUCCAGAAUGUUCAGUGUUCUAACUAAAACACUGACUUUGUGAAAGGGGUUUGGGUUUGUUUGCAUUCUUCAGUCUUAAUUUGUCUGGCAAGCACAUUGAACCAGGCCAUGGUUGGGUUUUUAUGUGGUGCAUUUUCUUUCCCAAAGAAAUAAUAUCUCUUGUUCAGUGUAGAAUUUACAGUGUUUUAUACGAUGCCUUCGGGAAGGUAUUCAGAGUUCAGACUCCUUCAACAUCUGCACAUUUUUGCCCACCAUAAAGUGAAAGCAAAACACAUGUUUAGAGACAUGGGUCUGAAUUCUGUAUGUGGCAGUAUAUGAAGUUAGAUGUCCUGUACCAUAAAAUCGCAGAUAUAAAUCUCAAAGGGAAUUUUAUGCAGUUUUGUUUUUAAUGCAUGUGGGUAUUUUUUUACUGUUUGUCAACUUCUGUUCAAAUAUUAGCUGUUAUGUAACUCAAUAUUCAAAACAUUUCUUAAUUAUUUAAAAAUUAUAUUUCCUGAGAAAAAUGUAAUUGUUAUUGAAUUUAAUAAUAUUGUUUUUAAUAUUUUCUGUCUAGCCUGAUUUCAUU